GAGACAGCAAAAACAAGCCUAAGGCCCAAAGCAGAGCCAAGGGAAUGAAUGAAUGAUGCAAUGCAGCAGUCAUUUGUCAAUUCGAUUAGUCAAGGCUGAAACCAGUUAACUAGACUUAAGAAAGUCAGUCACUGAGAGUUGAUUCUGGAGUAGAUGAUCAGCUGGAUCAUGCGAUGAAAGCUGCGAUGAAAGAUGCUCAUGAAUGAGUUUACUUGGUGAAACUGAUUGAUCUUUACCCCAAUCGGGCAGCCGCCCGCGAUGACUCGGGACCUAUAGAUUGGUCGAUUCCGGACUCACCGCCUUGAUAUGCCGGUUCUAAACUUAUUCAUGUGUUGAUGGUUGAUGGUUGAUAGAUACCUUAUACUACUCUCAUCAACUCACGGUUCUUCCAGGGAACAGACUGUCCAUACUAUAAACCAACCACACCAUGUCGCUUCCUCCGCCUAUCCCGGUCGAUCCGGCCAUGUUAGUGGACCAGCCCCAUCUCGAUUCCGACAUCGACUCGGACUAUGAAUAUGAAUAUCAUCCCACCGAAACUGAGACCGUCUAUCUCACCCUUGACCUCACGUCUCUCCACGGCCCACUUCGACCUCCUCGCCGUCGACAACCUUCCGCGACUGCCGCCUCAUCAGCAUCAGCAACAGCCACCAACAUCUCCGACGAACCCGAUGCCGCUGAGUUCACCCAUGUGGAGUCCCCAUCCGAUGGCCUACAAAUCCUUGGGCUUCACACCCCUAACCCCAUAAUUUCAUACCAGAACCAAAUCUUCAGCGGCACCUGGGCCGAUCAACUCGGCACCGACCUGAUCUUUGCUCGUCCAGACGAAGGAGGGAGAGGAGGAGCGGAGGAACAACCAGGGGAGACUGCACCGUACGACCCGUAUGGUAGCCACCGCACAGAGCAACCCGACACUCCUCUCCGUCACGGACACACCUACGACCUCCUCGCCGCCCCGAGCAUUAAGAUUAUAGGCCGCAAAGCCAAUCUCAUCUCCGCUAGCCAAUCCUCGGCGGUGGCAGCAGCAGCAGCAGCACCGGGAUCAGACGAAGGGGUAAACCCUAACCCUGGGCAGUCUGACUACCCCCCUUCUGGCCUCACGCCCCCCGUAUCAACAACCGGAAUUAUCCGUGCCCCCAACCACCCCGCAAGCAACCAAAUGCGGUUCCUCGAACGUCUGGCUAGUCUGAAGCGAAGCAAGGGAGAGACCGACACGGUGCGCACCGUCUUCAGCACCAAACGGAUCCAGUCUGACCAUGCAUCGUCGAUGGGCGGGCGGGCGCUCGGCUGGGCGCGCACCGACGAACAGCUGGCGGAAAUCCAGCGCUUGAAUGAGCUGGCGUUGCAGGGUGAUGCGGCUGCGAUGGCCGAGCUGGAGGCGCUGUACACCCGGCUUGGUGAGGAUGUCGAGAGGGAGGUGGGGAGCGAUGACGAUGACGAUGACAAUGACGAUGACGGUGAUGGCGAUAAUGACGAUAAUGGUGAUGAUAAUGAUAUCGAGAUGGGAGGCGUGGCGGGAGAGCCGGAGGUUGCCGGGGAGGAUCCCACGCGGGAUCUAAAUCACGACCAGUACCUUGACCCGGAAGAGUUACUCUCGCAGGCUCGUCGAGAACCUCAGCAGCCGCAGCCUUGAUCCAUGCUCUUCGUUUGACUGCACAACAUCCUCUGUUCAGGACGGUUAAUCCUCCUCGACAUGGUCACGUGAGAGGACCAUGAUCAGAGGCUCCAAGCCGAGGUCCAUCUUCCAAAGGGGAAACAAGCUUUAAUAGUCACGAGUACUAUUUCCACCGCACUGCCCGGCGGGCUCACUCGGCCCUGCCGACGCUCGCCAGCACUGAUCCUGAACGCCGA